UGCGUAGAGAGGGGCGGAGCUGGAGCCAGUGGAGCCAGUGGAGCCUGGCUCCCAGCGUGUGGGCUUGGGCUGUGGUUAGUGGGUCAGGGCGGCCACUGAGCUGCAGCUGAGCGGGUGACAUCCUGUGGAGGAACCAUGAAGCACUACGAGGUGGAGAUUCGGGAUGCAAAGACGAGGGAGAAGCUGUGUUUCCUGGACAAGGUGGAGCCUCAGGCCACUGUUGCUGAAAUCAAGAACCUUUUCACCAAGACUCACCCGCAGUGGUAUCCUGCCCGCCAGUCCCUCCGCCUGGACCCCAAGGGAAAGUCCUUGAAGGAUGAGGAUGUCUUGCAGAAGCUGCCCGUGGGCACCACAGCCACACUCUACUUCCGGGACCUGGGGGCCCAGAUCAGCUGGGUGACGGUCUUCCUGACUGAGUAUGCUGGGCCCCUUUUCAUCUACCUGCUCUUCUACUUCCGGGUACCCUUCAUCUAUGGCCACAAAUACGACUUCACCUCCAGUCGGCACACAGUGGUGCACCUUGCCUGCAUGUGCCACUCAUUCCACUACAUCAAGCGCCUGCUGGAGACCCUCUUCGUGCACCGCUUCUCUCACGGAACCAUGCCCCUGCGGAACAUCUUCAAGAACUGCACCUACUAUUGGGGCUUUGCUGCAUGGAUGGCCUAUUACAUCAACCACCCUCUCUACACACCCCCUACCUAUGGAGUUCAGCAGGUUAAGCUGGCGCUGGUCGUUUUUGUGACCUGUCAGCUUGGCAACUUCUCCAUUCACAUGGCUCUUCGGGACCUUCGGCCGGCUGGGUCCAAAACCAGGAAGAUUCCAUACCCCACCAAGAAUCCCUUCACCUGGCUGUUUCUGUUGGUGUCCUGUCCCAACUAUACUUAUGAGGUAGGGUCCUGGAUUGGCUUUGCCAUCAUGACGCAGUGUGUCCCAGUGGCCCUCUUCUCUCUGGUGGGCUUCACCCAGAUGACUAUCUGGGCCAAGGGCAAGCAUCGCAGCUACCUGAAGGAGUUCCGUGACUACCCGCCCCUUCGCAUGCCCAUUAUCCCCUUCCUGCUCUGAGCAGCUCCUCAUGGGCUCAGCCAAGUAACGCUCUCCAUCCACUGCCCCACUGUCCUGCUGUGGCCAUGGCUCUCCAGCAGCAACAAUAAAACUGGCUUACCCA